AUGAAAGAAAUUGAAAAACAUAGUGCAGUUGUGGUUUUUUACUUCGAAGUUUGUAUUGCCAAUUUUUAUUUUCCUUUAUAUCGCUCUAAUUCUACUAGAGGAGGAUUCGAUCCUCUGAUCUCCUGUACUUUUACUGAAAAUAGCUCUAUUUUUGCUUCCAUUUGGAUGCUCCUGUGCCAUGAAGAGAAUGAUGGUACAAGAAGAUGUUCGACGAGAUAUGAGAGUUUAUUGGUACCUCAACCUGACAAAGACAAUGGAAACGUCAGUUCAGGGUGGACUCAAUCGAAUCAUGUAGGAUCCAAUCAGUUGUGGACAAGUUGUUGGCGAAAUCUGAACCCUGUAUGGCUUCUGGUGACACGGUUUUUAUCCUUCGUUAUUAUGGCUCGUGUUCUGGCUUGGGACAUCCAGGUGCACGGCAAAACAGUGUUUCUGUACUAUACUAAGUGGACCUUUGCAUUAGUCGUCUUCUAUUUUGCGCUUGGCACAAUAGCAUCGGUACAAGGAUGUUGGGAGAACUCGAGGAAACCUGUCAACGAAAACAAUGGAAAAAAUAUUUCGGUAAAAACAAAGAUGGCAGGAACUAGUAAGUCCAAAAGAACCAUAAUUUUAUCGCCAAACAAAGCCGGAGCUAUGGUCAAAGUGCAGAGUUAUCAUGAGCAGGACGGCGUCAAGGAAAUAGCUGGCGUCUGGGGAUAUCUGAUGCAAACAGUCUAUCAGACUUGUGCAGGAGCUGUGAUCCUUACAGAUACCAUCUUUUGGUUUCUUAUAGUCCCAUCUCUUGCUGUUGCAGGAGUCGAAUUGAACCUGUUAAUGGGAUGUAUGCAUUCUCUUAACGCUGUGUUUCUUCUCAUUGACACCGCUCUCAACAGCCUUCCCUUUCCAUGGUUUCGAUUUGCAUAUUUCUUACUGUUCAAUUGCACAUACGGCAUUUUCCUGUGGGUUCUUCACGCAUGUGGUGUUUCAUGGUGGCCUUACCCAUUCCUAGAUUUAUCAACACCAUGGGCACCUGUAUGGUACUUCUGCCUGGCCCUAAUUUACUUCCCUUGCUAUGGAUUGUAUGCUGUGAUCGUAAAACUAAAGAUUGGAGCAUUCUCAAAGUGGUUCCCUCUUGCGUUUGUGAGCAUACAAUAGUGACUUCCUUGCUGUUCAUGGCUUGAUCAACUAUUGUGCAUUGAUUGGGAUUAAUCACUUUUGUAUAUUCUUGUCAUAAUUCUUUCAAUGGUACGAAGGUGUUCUUGUGAGGGAAUGCUAAAACCUGAUGCAUUUGCUCCUCCAAAUCCAUAAGCCUAUUUGGGGUUGAAUAAGCUUUUGGAUCAUAAAUAUUGAGAUAGUUGUAACUGUCACUUUUGGUAAAUGCUAAUGGUACUAUUGUCGUGAAA